AUGAAGGAGAAUGUUCUUUCCCAUGGCAUGCAUGAACAGUUCUUCAACUGGAUGCAGAGUAAGUUCAAUGGAGGACAAGGGGAUAAGAGAAGUAAUGCAGUUCCCGCUACGAAUCAUACAAAGAAAGAGCCUCCAAAGGAAGAAUUUAGUGACUGGCCUCAUGGAUUGCUGGCAAUUGGUACUUUUGGCAAUACAGAUCUCAGAGACAGACAAGACGUUCACGUCGAGCAAAACACAGUGAGUGAAGUUCCUCAAGCAGAUGAAUGUUCGUCUCCGGAUUUCUCAGAGUUCACCGCUGAAGAAGUGGGGAAGUUGCAAAAGGAGUUGACGAAACUUUUAUCUAGAAAACCAGCUACAAAAGCUGAGGAGCCCAUUGCUGAUCUACCGUUGGAUAGAUUCCUCAACUGCCCUUCAAGCUUGGAGGUAGACCGGACUACUUCCAAUAGAUUCAGCACUUAUUCAGACGAUAAAGGUGAAGAAGAAAUUGAUCGGACCAUUAGAAUUAUCCUCGGAAGAUGCAAAGAUGUUUGUGAGAAGAAGAAGAAGAAAGCCAUUGGGAAGAAGUCAUUGUCUUUCCUCGUCAAGAAAAUGUUCGCUUGCAGAAGCGGCUUUGGACCCACUCCUAGUUUACGAGAUACAUUUCAAGAAUCAAGAAUGGAGAAGCUUAUGAGGACAAUGCUCACCAAGAAGAUAUACUCUGAGAGCUCUUCCAGAUCUCCAUCGUCAAAGAAAUAUAUAGAGGACUGCAGGUCUGCAUCAACAGCAGAAAGAGAAGAAGAAGCGCAAGAUAAAAAUCAAGACGGCUCUAAAUGGGUCAAGACUGAUUCUGAAUAUAUUGUUCUGGAGAUAUAA